AUGACACCACCCAGCCCACCAGACCAGGUGAAGAUGACACCAUCCAGCCCAGCAGACCAGGUGAAGAUGACACCAUCCAGCCCAGCAGACCAGGUGAAGAUGACACCAUCCAGCCCACCAGACCAGGUGAACAUGACACCACCCAGCCCACCAGACCAGGUGAACAUGACACCACCCAGCCCACCAGACCAGGUGAACAUGACACCACCCACCCCACCAGACCAGGUGAAGAUGACACCACCCAGCCUACCAGACCAGGUGAAGAUGACACCACCCACCCCACCAGACCAGGUGAAGAUGACACCACCCACCCCAGCAGACCAGGUGAAGAUGACACCACCCACCCCAGCAGACCAGGUGAACAUGACACCACCCACCCCAGCAGACCAGGUGAACAUGACACCACCCACCCCAGCAGACCAGGUGAACAUGACACCACCCACCCCAGCAGACCAGGUGAACAUGACACCACCCACCCCAGCAGACCAGGUGAACAUGACACCACCCACCCCAGCAGACCAGGUGAACAUGACACCACCCACCCCAGCAGACCAGGUGAAGAUGACACCACCCACCCCAGCAGACCAGGUGAAGAUGACACCACCCAGCCCACCAGACCAGGUGAAUAUGACACCACCCACCCCAGCAGACCAGGUGAACAUGACACCACCCACCCCAGCAGACCAGGUGAACAUGACACCACCCACCCCAGCAGACCAGGUGAACAUGACACCACCCACCCCAGCAGACCAGGUGAACAUGACACCACCCACCCCAGCAGACCAGGUGAACAUGACACCACCCACCCCAGCAGACCAGGUGAACAUGACACCACCCCCCAGCCCAGCAGACCAGGUGAACAUGACACCACCCAGCCCAGCAGACCAGGUGAACAUGACACCACCCAGCCCACCAGACCAGGUGAACAUGACACCACCCAGCCCACCAGACCAGGUGAACAUGACACCACCCACCCCAGCAGACCAGGUGAAGAUGACACCACCCAGCCCACCAGACCAGGUGAACAUGACACCACCCACCCCAGCAGACCAGGUGAACAUGACGGCAAUAUAA